AUGAAAAAAUUAAACAUUCGUCAGUUUGGUAUUGGAACAAUAAUGAAAUAUCGUCCAUUAAUAUCAUCAGAUUCGAAAUAUGUGUUUACAAUAGGUGAUGCUUGUGUUUAUGUAUGGAUUGCUAAAACAGGAGAAUGUUUAAGAUUAAUUAAUCACAAUUCAAAUUCAACUGAUCAAAUAAAUAUUGUUGCUAUUGCUAUCAAUCCAAAUAAUCAACUUCAAUUAUGCAUUGCAGAGCAAAAUGGUAUUAUCAAUGUUUGGGAUUAUGAAGAUGGAAUUCUUAUUCAUACGAUAAAAGUAGAAAUGGAAAUAAUCGAUUUAUAUUCAAUUGUUAAUUCUGGUUUAUAUUUAUUUGUUAAAAAUACUAAAAAUGUAUAUUCACUUAGUCGAAUUGAAUCAAUUCGUCAUAAAUCUUCACCUAUUGUUUUAUUUGAUAAACUUCCAUGUUUACCAAAAGCCAUAUCAUUUGAUAAAAAAGGUGAAUUAUGUGUUUUUAUUAAUGUUGAUGGAACAAUAAUUUACAUAUUAAAUCUAAUAAAUAAUCAAAUUAAAAAUAUAUUAAUAACAAAAAAAAAUUUAUCAUAUCAUGAUAAAAUAACAUGUGCACAAAUUCAUCCAAAUGAAGAAUCAAUUGCAUUAGGAACACAAUCUGGUCGAAUAGCUCUUUGGUAUAAUUUUAUUAAUUCAACUAAUAAAGAACCAACAGUUUCAUAUUUACAUUGGCAUUCAUUACCUGUUCUUUGUUUAGCAUUUUCAGUUGAUGGUUCAUAUUUAUUAUCUGGUGGUCAUGAAUGUGUACUUGUUAAAUGGUUAUAUAGAAAAAGUGAACCAACAUUUCGACCACGACUUGGUGCACCUAUUAUUCAUGUUACUUCGUCAAGUGAUCAAACAUUUUAUGUAUCUACUCAUUCAGAUAAUUCUCUUCAUAUAAUUGGAAGUAAUUUAUCAAUUCAACAAACAAUCGGUGGAAUAAAUCAUAUGUUUCUUCCUCAACAAGCUUCAUUACCAGCUGGUAUUCAUACAUUUAUGCGUCAAGAUGCACUUGUUAUGAAUAGUGGAAAACCUGGUUAUCUUCAAUUCAUGUCAAUUGAAAAUGGAAAAUUACUUUAUAAUUUGGAUAUUGUUGGAGAAAAUUAUGUUUCACCAAAUGAUAUAACAGAACAAUGUCUUUUUACAGAUAUUAAACGUUUAGCUAUUGAUCGAACAGAAACAUGGUUAGUUACUUUUGAGGAACGUUCAUCAAAUUCAAAUUCAGAUGAUCAUCAAAAUGAAAGAAAACUUAGAUUUUGGAUAUUUAAUCAAACAAAUAAUCAAUUUGAAUUAAAUACAAGUAUAAUGUAUCCACAUGGACAAGAAACAUUAAAUGAAAUGUUAUUUCAUCCAAAUAAACUUGAAUUAGCAACAACUGGAAAUGAUGGAUUUAUUAAAAUUUGGACUUUUAUUCAAGAAAAUCCAAUCACAAAACGUGUAUCUCAUUGGCGUUGUUUAUCUGGUCAUACAAAUCGUUCAUAUUCAAGUUCAGCAUUAUGUUAUUAUAAAUUAUCAUCAACAAAUCAAAUAAAUUUAUGUUGUUCAUUUGAACAUUUAGUUACUGAAUGGAUUGAUAAAACAAAUGAUUUAAAUGAAGAAUCUCGUUAUGAAUAUUCACGUUGUUUUGCUCAUUUUGAUAGAAAAAAUUCAAUUCAAUUUAUUUUAUAUUCAUCUGAUCAAAUUUUUGUUUCUCAUAAAACAUUAGUUAAUUUAUGGAAUUGUUUAAAUGGACAAUUUAUUAAAUCAUUUUCAUGGCAUGUUCAUGCAUAUGCUCAAGAUCCAAGAUCAUCUUUUGUUGCACUAUUUGAUAAAAGUUUUCUUCAUUUCUAUUCAUUUUCUGAUGGCAAAUGUCAUUCACGUAAAAGUUCAUUAUUUCGACGUGUAACAUCAGCUGCAUAUAUACCAACUAAAAAAUCAUCGUCAUUUGUUCCUUUUCAACAUUCUCGAUUAGUUUUUUAUGUUCCACAACAAGGUUUGAAAACAUUUAUCGAUGAUGAUGAUGAUGAUGAUAAAUAUUUAAUUCCAAUAAAUGGAAAAUUAGAUCGAUUAAAUGAAGAAAAAACAAUUUUAGCAAAUUUAAUUAGUCAAUCACAAAGUAGUUUAAAUCAAGAUUUAAUUAAUAAACAAAAAUCUUUUGAUGAUUUAACUAAAUUAAAUAAAACAAUUAACCAUCUUAAUGAACAAUUUUUAAUAACACCAGCUUAUUUAUUACCAUCAAUUGAUAAUUAUUGUAUUGAUUCAUUAAAGCGAAUGCUUUUACCAAUUGACAAUGAUAAUAACAAAAAUAUUCAUUCAAAUGAUGAUAAACCAAUUGAUAAUAUAUCAACAAUGUCUAUCGAUUCCGAACAAGAUUCAUAAAUGUCACCAAAUGCAUUUAGUCGUGUAUUCAGUACAUCAGUAAAUACAGUAUUUAAACGAUUUCUAUUAACAUUAAUUCGAACAACAUUAAUCUAUAUAAUUGCAUUAUUAUUUGUUCAAUUACCAACAUUUUGGCAUUAUGUUAUAACAUUAGGAAAAGAUGAUCAUAAAAGAGAUAGACAAAAAAGAAUUCGAGCUAAAUUAAUUGAUGAUUCAAAUCCAUCAUCACCAUAUAGAGCUAUUGAAGUUCUUGAUCAACUUCAAACACAACCUGAAGAUGAACUUGAAACAUUGGCUAGCAUUCCUGAUCUUUGUCUUCAACGUCAUCCACAAAAACAAACAUUCGGUGUUAGACAAAUUCUUGAUGUUGAAGAUGAAACACAACCAAAUGGAAAAGUUUAUAAAAAGUUUGUUUUGGGUGAAUAUGAAUUUACAACAUAUACUGAAGCUUGUGAUAGAAUAACUUCAAUUGGUCGUGGUUUAUUAUCACUUGGAUUAAAAUCAGGUGAUAAAAUCUUAAUUUAUGCUGAAACACGUCCAGAAUGGUUAUUAACGGCAUUUGCUGCUUUUCGUCAUGGUUUAACUGUUGUUACACUUUAUUCAACAUUAGGUGACGAAGCUGUUAAACAUGGUAUUAAUGAAUCACAAGUUCAUAUCAUAGUUACUUCACAAGAACUUACGUCUAAACUUGAUAAAACAUUAGAGCAAACAGACAAAGUUCGUUAUGUUGUUUAUUUUCCAUCUGUUGUUAAAUCACAAGCAGAUAAAGUACCUAAAGAUAAAAAUAAUAUACAAUUUAUACAUUUACAAAAAUUAGAAGAACAAGGAAAUAAUGCAAAUAUUGAUGAAUCUAUUUUAAACAAACGACCUCAGAAAACAGAUAUUGCAGUUAUUAUGUAUACAAGUGGAAGUACUGGAACACCUAAAGGUGUAUUAAUAAAACAUGAAAAUAUCGUUGCUGCAAUGACUGGUCAAAAAGAACGUGUUUUUCCCAUGGUUGAUGUUGAUAAUGAUGUAUAUAUAGCUUAUUUACCACUGGCUCAUAUUCUUGAACUUUGUUGUGAAAUUCUUGUAUUUUAUUUGGGUAUUAAAUGUGGUUAUUCAUCACCUCAAACGUUAACUGAUCAAUCAACAGCUAUAAAACGUGGUCAAAAAGGAGAUUUACAAGUUCUUCGACCACAUUUAAUGUGUUGUGUACCUACAAUUCUUGAUCGUGUUCAUAAAGCAGUUAAUGAAAAAAUUAAUCAAUCAAAUUUUAUUCAACGUCAAUUAUUUCAUUUAUCAUAUAAAAUGAAAGUUAAACGUUUAGAACUUGGCCUUGAAAGUCCAAAUCUUGAUCGAUUAAUAUUUUCUCGUUUUAAUCAAUUGGUUCUUGGUGGUCGAGUUAAAACCAUGUUAUGUGGUGGAGCUGUUUUAAGUGAAGAUACUCAACUUUUUGUUCAAGCUGCACUUUGUGUUACACUUUUUCAAGGUUAUGGUCUUACUGAAACAUGUGCAGCUGGAACUAUUGCUGAUCGAUAUGAUAUAACAAUUGGUCGUGCAGGUUAUCCACUUGUUUCAUGUGAAAUUCGUUUAGAAAAUUGGGAUGAAGGUCAAUAUAAAAAUACAGAUAAACCAAAUCCACGUGGAGAAAUUCUUAUUGGUGGAAAAGUUGUUGCUGAUGGAUAUUUUGCUGAUGCAGCUAAAGAAAAUGUUAAUUUUAAAUUAAUUAAUGGACAAAGAUAUUUUUCAACAGGAGAUAUUGGAGAAAUAUUUCCUGAUGGAACAAUUAAAAUUAUUGAUAGAAAAAAAGAUUUGGUUAAAUUGCGUGGUGGAGAAUAUGUUUCAUUAACAAAAGUUGAAAUGGCAAUAAGUAAAGUUCCUAUAAUUGAAAAUAGUUGUCUAUGUGCAUCACAUUCAGCAGAAUAUACAGUUGCACUUAUUUGUCCAAAUACAAAACAAAUGUCUAAUUAUACAGAAAGACAUUUUGAUGAAAAAGAAUGGCAAAAAUUAGUUGACAACGAAGACUUUAUUGAACAAAUUCUUAAAGAAGUUCAAGAUGCUUGUAAGAAAGCUGGAAUUGAAAGAUUUGAAACUCCUCAACGAAUUAAAAUUGUACUUGAAGCAUGGACACCUGAAACAGGUCUUGUUACUGAUGCAUUAAAAUUAAAACGAAAAGCUAUUGAACAAAAAUAUAAAGAUGAUAUUGAAGAUCUUUAUCAAGAUAAAAAAGAAAAAUCAAAUACCGAAAAAAAAAGACCAACACAAAAUAAAAAUCAAUUAACAAAUGAGAAUAAAACAUCAGAAAAUAAUUCAAAACAUAAAUCAAUUGAUGAUAAAAAAUCAAAUGAAAAUCAAACUGAUAUUGCACAAAACAUUACUGAAAAUAGUGAUUCGAUUAAAAAAGAUCUAUAA